GUGAGGUGAUGUAAUGCUUCUGUAAAUAGAUCAUAUCGUAAUCGCGUUUCACUUCAGCGUGCUUCGUCCGAGCGCGAGGAGCGUCGCAAGUCUCAGUCUGCGCGCGUUUGGUUUUGUAGGUCUCAGUGAUGAAUGUUGAUCAGGAAAGGUCAUAUGUAUGCAAUGCUCCUGGAUGCUCCCAGCGCUUCCAAAGAGAAGAUCACCUUAUUAUCCACAGACACAAACAUGAGAUGACACUCAAAUUUCCUUCUAUUAAGUGUGACAAUAUACUUUUAGAUCAGACUCCAACUCCAACCCGUUUCUUACAGGACUGUGAGGAAGUAGGUCUCUUUACUGAUCUUGAGCUUAACCAAUCACAGGAGGUAGAGGGCACCAAACCGAACUUUCCUUUGCAAGCAUCAAGUCAGAACCAGCCUCACAAUGAGACACGAGCUCCACCCGGUCAACAUCAUUCGUUUCAACAGUGCGCUCUGGCCCAUCUGAACCAGACCCAGCUCCACACACACAGUUCACAGCCCCAGUCCCAAUGCACUGCCACAUACUGCACUUCUAAUAAACAAUCACCACCCAGCUGUCUACACAGCAGACAGACACACUCUGUGGCCAACACAAUGCCUGGGACAUCAACAAUGAACAUGGAUGCACAGUUGUCUAUGAACCCCAGUAUAAUUGGCAUACCAGGCCCAGCUCACCCUAGCGCUCGCCCCUCCCUUCAGAGGUCAAAGGUCAUACCAAGCCACACCCAACCUGCAGUUUCUAACGGCAGUCAAAAUCCUCUCUGCCACAUGAUGAUGUCACCACAGCAGCAGCCAGUGUCGCAUUUACAAUCCGCACCUCAUCAUCGUGCAUACCAGCAGCACUGCCACAACCAAUCGCCACAAAGACUUACGCAUCAACAUCAAGACCAAUCACAUCACAGCCACGCCCACCACUCUCCACCUGUGCACUUGCAUCCUUGCUCCUCCCAACAGACUCCUCCUCCCCUUUCACAUCAGCCAAUACCUGCACAGAUGUCGUCUUCUGCACCGAAACAGACACACUGUCAGAAAUCUCCUCCACCGGCGACUGGAGGGAGACGCAGGCGGACAGCAGAAGACGACCCGGAUGAGCGCCGACGCAAGUUUCUGGAAAGAAACAGAGCUGCAGCGACACGAUGCAGACAGAAGAGAAAAGUCUGGGUGACGUCAUUGGAGAGAAAAGCCGAGGAGCUUACUCACACAAACUUACAGCUACAGGAUGAAGUGACGUCCCUCAAGACAGAAGUCACUCAAUUGAAGCAAAUUCUGCUUGCACAUAAAGAUUGUCCGGUCUCUGUGAGACAACGAGAAACACAGAGUGGAGUGAGUAGUCCAACAGGAAGUCCUGUCCAGCAACAUGCCAUCCAACACAACAGCAUCUCAACAUCAAGCACCACCCUAUCACACAGUCACCUUACUACACACUCACACCGCGCUAACACCACACAACUAUAAAGAUGGUCACGAUAGCCAUGUGAAUUAGAGUUUGAGGCUUAGAUUUAUUAUUGCACCCAACACAUAUGUGAUCUUUAAGUAUUAAACAUUUCAUAUGUCUCUUUAUAUUUCCGUCUCUUGACGUCUCAGGUAAUCAACUAAGGGUCAGAUGGAUAUUUCCAGGGUUUGAUCUUUGAUUACAGUGCUGGAAAACAAACUGGCUUCUCUUAAACACUAACUUUGGUUUCCUUUUUUUAGUUUCUCACUCCGUUCAUGCCUCUCUGUCUAUUUCUCACACUCCUUGCUUUUUUAAGCUCCUCUUUCUCAGGGACACUCCUGGAGUGUGUGCGCGAGGUGUGUAUGCGUGUGUCUCUCUCUUUUGGCCACUUUCAGUGUAAAUGCUUUGAUAGCGCUUAGAUAUUCUGAAACUUAAGGCAUUGAAUCAGGGCAACUUGUAAUUGUAAAUAGAAAUCUUUAGUUUUAUAAAUGUACGAUGAUGCAGUAAAGUUGUUACUGUAAAUAUUGUCAAAUGCUCAUCUGUUAAAUAGUAUGCAUCACUUGAACUAAGAUAGAUAUCCCAUGUGAAUUUUGGAUUACACACACUAACAAAGAUGCAAUACAUGCGAAUAACAAUCCAUCAUUUAAAAUGGAGCAAGCAUUAUAAAUGCAUCAUCUGCAUUGUGUUAAAUGAAUUAUCUAAUCACAUAGCCAAAUGUCUAGCAGUAUUUUUAACAAUAUGACAUAAAUCAUUUCACCUUUGCUGGCUUGAUGACAAUCAAAAUGUCAAAACUGACAUUUCCUGGAAAUGACAUGCAAGCUUGUGUUGUCUCUUAACAAAAUGCUUGAUAAAGCCUUCACGUAUGGCUAUACAUAGCCUAUUGUGUACCGUGAAAUUUGGACACGUGCAAAAAAAAAUGUUUGUAAAUCGUGCAGGUUUUAACUGCGUUAUGCAUGUACAGUUUUCUGAAAAUAUAUCUAUUUUUGUACCCUUUUGUGGCCAUUUUUAAUUAAAAGCACUUAUUAUCUUC